AUGACAAAGCAACCUCAUAAAUCAAAGGUUAAUAAAAAGCAUACAAACUAUAGUCUAGAAGAUGAUGAUGAUGACUUUGAAGAACCUAUUAGAAAUUUGAUAGUCAAAAGAGGUGAAAACACAAGAAAAAGGCCAAGUACUACAACUAACCAAGAUGGUGAAGACUUUGAACCAGUAAAAAAGAAACAAUCGAAAAACGAAAAGCAGAUGCAUCCUAUCGAGGGGAAACGGAAGGUUACCGAUGCAGAACCUUUUAGGUCAGAACCAAGACCGUUCUAUCAUUAUCAUCAUGAUGCAAUAAGCCUACGGUGCAGUCCUUCAGGUUUUUUGGAUACAGUUAAGCACUUUACUGAAGCGCAGGUGGCGGAUGUGAAAAGCAUUGGAUUUGGUGAUGUCCUUAAUAUAAAGCUUUAUCAUAUAAGCACACGUUUAGGGUAUUGGCUCGUACGAAACUAUGACGAGCAAUACAGCACACUAAACAUAGGAAAUCACAAGAUAAAAAUCACCCGAGAUUCAGUACAUGACGUGUUUGGUAUUCCAAAGGGUAAUGUUAUUGUACGAGAAAAAAAUAAGCCUAGAAAAGGAGCAAUAGUGGAGAAAAAUACGGCUACUCAAGGCGCAGAAACAACCAUAGAUGAGUUCAAAAACCAGUGGCCAGACAGAAACAAAAUUACUCAUACUUUGCUUGCAAGAACUAUGUCAGAGCAAACCACUGGCGGACGAUUAUUCAAGCUAAAUUUCCUAGCCUACUGGAACACUUUGUUUGUAGAGAUAACAAAGUCAACAACUGUUAAACAAAGUUUUCUACUUGCAAUUGACAAAGAGGAAGACAUUCCAAAUCUGGACUGGUGCUCCUUCGUUUUAGAAUCGCUGAAACGAACAAGACAAGGUUGGAAAAAGUUAGACUCACAAUACAAUGGCCCGGUUGCAUUCCUAACGCUUCUAUACAGCCAUUAUUUCAACCAAAGACACAAAAUUUUCGAUGAACCUGUCAAAAUGCCUGUCAUACAUUAUGUAACCUCUGGUAUGAUCGACGACGUGGAAGAAUAUUUAUACAACAACGGGCCGCUAGGUGUUGAAGAUUGUGAUGAAGUGGAAGAAGACGAAGGAGCAAAUGAUAAUCGCCAGGAUCAACCACAUGUUACUGCCUCGCGCAUAAAUGGCAAUGAUCAUCAAAAUCAAGAGGCUACGACCGCACCAUUCGAAAUCCCACCAUUCGAAAUCGUAAAAGAAAACACAUCGACGGUGUACACUGACCUUUUCGAUGACAACAUCCCGAUACACGAGGCAGCUGCGGUACAAGAAAACCUCACCGAAUUCAAUACAUUAGAUGAUAUGGAAGAUACGGAUGAGUACAUGAUACCACCAGUGGAUACGACACAUGUCUACAACAGAAGAAACCUGACUGGAAACCUGGAUGGGGAGGAUCCGAUUGACGAAGGAGACAUACCAUCAAAUACGGAUUGGUUUGACGGGUGGAAUCCGAAUGAACAUAUUUCAGACAUGAAUUUAGAUGAAAUGGACAUAGGGACACAAACGCAAAAAGAGAUUGACUACUGCAGCACUCCAGUUCAACUAACCGGGGUGAUCUAUGAUCAUGCUGCGUGGGAAGCCUCGAAAAAAAGUAAAAAGGUGUUGUUGAAAACAAUGGACAAUAAUAUAAAGAAAUACAUUUCUCUUGUUUCGGAUAUGAAUGCUCUCGUUAAGGGUGUAAAGGAGAAGUUUUUCUGGGAUGUUGAAAUUAUGGAAAGGUGUAAAAGAUGGAAUGAUGCGGUUAAAAAUUCCGUUUCUACGGAUACAGUUUCGAUACCUGCUGAAGUAAGCUAUGCUGGUGAUGAGGUGGUUCAAAACAAAGUCGGACAAUGUGGCGAAACAAAUCAAGAGUUAGAGGGCGAUGGAGAUGCAAAAUUGGAACAUCAAAACACGGUGAAAGAUAAAGGAUGUGACGAUGUUCAUAAUACCCCAUUUGAUGAUGGUGGUAUUUCGGACUCGUGCCUGGCUGCCUUACAAACCAUCGAACCAGGCGUAUACAGGCAGACUACAGAAGUGGCGCAAGCAGAUGUGGUGAACAACAUGGGCCAACCUGUAAAUUUGGCAGAGUGCAGUCAACAACAAGCACAUAAACAGAAUACAAUAACCGACGGCUAUGAUAAAGAUAAGCCUCCGACAACAUCAGCUGAUGAACCUGCUGAAGUGACCGAAGCAGAAAUGCAGUCUGUUGAGACACUUUUAAAAUUGGCUCCAAUCCUGCAAACAUCAAGUGCGGGUAAUCAAAAAACUCCUGUGUCAGCGAACACAAAUAAAACGGAUGACGAGAGGCAUACACAGCUAGUAACAACGCGAAUCAAGAUGAUCAGGGAAAAGAGGGAAAAGCGGCUGGCAGAACUAGGUGACGCAUAUAGAUCGCCUUACUGCAACAGGGUAACCAACCUAUAUGAGCCACUUUUGGUACGUGACCAAAACAUCAUCUGUUAUCUCUUAGCUCCGAUGGGAGAUAUUGGGACAUUGAUAUACAAGUCUGACAGUGGAGUCGAAGCGCUUAAAAUCAUAUUUGAAACCUUCCACCCAUCGCAAUACAUAUCAUAUGGUGGAAUGGACACAUUUGUAGAUGUUUUAAACUUUGAAGAGAAAAAAAGGGACAGAAAAUCAUCACCCUACAGGCUGUUCUUACCAACUACAAUAUUGGUAAGUUUUCCAACAUUAAUCACGCAAAGGUUGGAAAAUUAA